AGUCUGGCGCCAAAUUUAGUGUUGACAGCUGUGUUCCAGUUGUUUUCCUCUGUUUUUGUUUGUUUGUCUGUGUAUGUCGUAGGUAGCUGGGCAAUGGACACUCAGUCGUACAUGCCUGUUCCUCCGGGGGUGGGAAUGGAGGAGAAUUACUUUUCGCUGGAUGAUAUUUUGCUGUCCCAGGAGCGGCUGCCCUGCAAGACGGACACUGAGUUUCCAGGUCUGGGCUUUCUGGAGAAGAACGCAGACAGCCGCCACAUACCGGAGGGCACUAAGAUGGAGAUGCCGCUGUGGUUGGCUAAGGGUCUGUACGAGAGGAAGCGGCGUGUGAUCUCUGUGGAGCUGCCUAAAGUGUACCGCGAGGGCUGGAGGACGGUGUUCGGGGCCGACGCCAACGUGGUGGACCUUCACAAAAUGGGCCCUUAUUAUUACGGCCUGGGCUCUCAGAUGCUUCACUUCGACAGCCCGGAAAACCUGGAGAUCGCUCAGACGGUUCUACAGACCUUUAUCGGACGUUUCCGCCGUACCAUGGACUCGUCCCAGAACGCGUACAACGAGGACACGUCGGCGCUGGUGGAGCGGCUGGACUGCCUGGAGAGGGCGCUGUUCAAGGCCGGCCAGAGCGGCCUUAACGCCUUCCAGCUGUGGGAGAAGGGCAGAGCGGCCCAGCUGACCGCAUCCAGCCUGGUCACCAACUAUCGCAAGAGGAAGAUCACUGACCUGCAGGCCUGACGACACGAUCACAGAGACGCAAUAGAGAGAGUGAAGUGGUGUGAGAGCGCGUGUGAGUGAGAGGGUUAAUGAGUGUUAGUGUGUGUAUUAUGGAUCAUUUUGUCUUUGAUGUAUGUAUAAAUUCUUAGGACUAUUUUUAAAUAAAAAUAAAACUUUUGUACUGUUUUGUAUGGACGGGUGGAUGAGCCGCUACAAUAUUAUA